CAUUUUGUUGCGGCGCCGAACUAUUUGAGGAAAUGACGUCACCUGGUUACAGUAGCUAACGAGCCCACACACUUCUCUGUGCAGCAAGCUGGACAGCUGAAAAAGCCUGUUUUUUGCUCUUAUCUUUAACUUUUAUCUUUCUGAACAGCGUUUGGAGAUAAACGGCGAAAUAAAAUGAAGUACGUCAGCUGGAGAUUUUGUCUGACAGUGUCGAGCUCCCGCAUGUUUUCGGUGUGAAUGUCAAAAGGUAGGCACAGCUAGUGCUAACUUCAUGAGCUGGAUGAGUUCGCGUUGGCGUGCUUUUGCAUUCCACUGAAUGAGGACACAUUUGAAAGACACACUACAGACAUGUACAGCCACAAAGAGCUAGAGGGAGAAGUUGACCACUCGUUCUUUGACAGUGACAGUGAAGCUAAUGGACUUGGUUCUGAAGAUGGGCAGCUCAAUAAACAGAAAGUCUCAGAAAGACAAGAUGAGAGAACAGGAAAAGACACCCAUGUUUCAAUUGAUCAGUUAGGAAAUGAAGCUCAAAGUAAAAGGAACAGUGAAGAUAAAGCCAGAUUGGAGGAUGAUUCAAACCAGGGCAGGAGAAGGCAAAGUGAAGAGACAGAAUAUGAAAGAGAGCGGCAAAGUGUUGAUGGCUUUUUCAAAGGCUCUUCAUCACUCCCAAGUGCCAAAACCUCAGAGACUAUGAACAGCAGUCAAUCAGAUGAAGGAUCCAGUGUGUAUUCAUACUCAUCUGAUGAGGAAAGAGAGCCUGAUGAUGAUUUUAAACUCAGGAAAACCAAUGAUAAUGUUAACAGUGAUGAUGAUGAUGAUGGAUACCAUCGUAGUGACGAUGAAAGUGAGGAGGAUGCGAGAUCUCCAGUGACACGAUCAACGAAACAUAAGGGAUUGUCCCAUGGAACACCUAAAAAAUCUGCUGGAAAACUCCACAAGCUGAGUCGUAGCCGUUCAUCAUCAUCUGAUCCUGUGUCCUCCCACAGUAGUGAAGAGAGAAGCUCUUUUCGAUCUCAGAAAUCACCUGUAAAACAUCAGCGGGUCAGUUCAGCUCACCAGAAAGAGCGACAAAAAGAAACGGCAGAAUCUGAAGACACGGUCACUGAUGUUACCCCUCUCUCGACACCAAAUAUUAGUCCUUUCCAGUCCCUUGAUGUGGUUUUGCCCUCUGAACCUGCAGCAGCUGUUCAACAACAGCCCAGUGUUACUGAGAAGGUGGUUGCGAAUGAUGUUUCGGACGGUCAGGGCAGUAUAAGUUCUGAAGGAGAGGAUGGACCAGUGUUCUUAAAAGUAGAGAAACAGUUAGACAGAGUACUCGUGGUCUCCAGCCCUUGUAGUGUUGGCAGCAGACGUAAGAACUAUUCCUUCACAAAUGAAGAGGUACAGGAGAUCGACCGGGAGAACCAGCGGCUAUUAUGUGAACUGUCCCGUUCAUCGGCACAUUUGCGAAGUGGCAGCUCCGCCCGCUCCAAAACCAGCAGUCGCAGGAGUAUUGCACCACCCGUACGGCUUUACCACAGCACCCUCAACAGACAGCGAGAGCAAGAGCGAAUUCAGAAGGAAAACCUGGCAUUCCUGAAGCGUCUAGAAUCUGUGAAGCCCACUCCUGGCAUGACCCGAGAUGAACAGCUAACCGAUUACCAGCGGCAUUGCCGAUACCUGGGAACACCCGUUACAGCUAUUCCACCAGUCAAACUCAAGUCCAGCAAAACAUCUGGGAGGAUUUCAAGACCAGGCAGUAGUCCUCACAAAUCUAGACCGGAAACGGCUAAACUCAGCAGAACAAUACCACGGCCUGCAUGGUCCUGAUCCUAAAUUAUUUCCUUCUCUCUCUACCCCCGACACUUUCACGUACAUGUUCUGCUCUGACUGUAAGUAGAAAAUCUGACUGUAGGUCACAACACCAAACAUUCUGAGUGAAUGUUGCAAAAGUUCAAACUGCUUGAGCUCAUGGUAAUUUGUCCAGAUGUGGAGUGAUAUAAAUUCAAAUAUUUGUCAGAAAUUCUACACAGCUAAACGUUUGCUGACAGUGUGUGGCUUAUAUACAUUUUUUGAUGUGCUAGGAGACUAAAUGAAUUCAGUCAACACUGUUCGGGGACCAUAAAGUGUGACAUUCCAUUUUCUGAGACGUUCAAAUGUAAACUAGUGCCUAUAUGUGACAGACAACAAAAAUACUUUAUAUAUAUUUAAGCUGUGUAUAAUUUUAAAGCCACUGUUGCUGUUAUCAGAAUAAUCAAUUACGUGACGUGUCUGUAAAUCUAAUGUGAA